UGAGCCGCGGGCCGGGGCUGGAGGAGGGCCUGCAUGGUACCGGGGCAGGAGCUCACCGCGAGCUUCAGCACGAUCCUGUCGCCACCGCCUGCCUUCGCCUCAUCUCCGUUUUCCUUCCGAGCGCGCCGGAAGGACCUUCUGGACCGCCCUUGGCUGUCACUUCUGACAGCUCGGCUAACUCCUAUUCAUCCUUCAAAGCCCAUCUCUUGUCCGUUACCUUCGUCGAUCGGCAGGCCUGUGGCCUCCGCCCGGGCAGGGUCCGUGUUUUGUGUUUAAUCUCAGCCCCCAUCAGACCCAACAGAGGGAUUGGCACAGAGCAGUUUGCCUUCGAAGGACAGCAAGAAACCAAAUCUUCAAUGGCUUCUUUGGUGGCUUAUGAUGACUCGGAUUCGGAGGCUGAGCCUGAGCCAGUAGAAAGCCUUAAUGCUGCUGGCCAGAUGAAGGACACACCUGGUGUGGCCAAACUUUGUGGGCAGGAUUUUGCACCUGGCAUUCUGGAUGUGACAGAAAGGGGCCCACAGCCCACAAAGCCUGGGCCUGAAGCUCUGAGCAGCCUUUGUGAAGGCCCGAGUGGGGGCCGUCUCCCGCUGGUUCAGCUUGGGAGAGGUGAUCACAGGUCUUGCCCCAGCCAGAGGCUGCAGUGGCCCAGACAGGAGCCUGCGGUCACUUUCCCCACCAGCGAGCCUCCUCACUCUUCCCUGUGGACCAGCCACACUCCAGCUGGCCAUGUGCCCCUGGCAGCUGCUCGCUUUAGAGGAGCAAAACUCCCCUGGGACACCUGCAACUUCCCUGAGCUGACUUUCUGUCUUCAAGACAAAUCCGGAGUCACAGGUGAAAAUGGCAACUCCUGUCAGAAGAAGAGGUGUGAGGAUUCUGUCAUACCAUACACCCCAAAAAGACUAAGACAAUUGCAAGCAGUAAAGACAGACACGGCCCCCAGUGCAGGCGAGGAGCCCCAGGGCCCCUCUGUGGGGUGCGCCCCAGGCCCCGCCCUGCUCCGUGUGGCCCCCAGAGUGUCCGAGUUUAUUCGGCCAUACUUGGACAGUCAGUACAAGGAGACCAAGAUCCCCAGGAAUGUGCUCUUCCACCUGAGAGGCCACGGGGGCCCCGUCAACAGCAUCCAGUGGUGCCCCGUCCUUUCUUACAGCCACAUGCUUCUCUCGGCGUCUAUGGACAAAACCUUCAAGGUGUGGGACGCUGUGGACCUGGGCCGCUGCCUGCAGACCUAUGCCCUGCACACAGAGGCAGUGCGGGCCGCCCGCUGGUCUCCGUGCGGCCAGCGCAUCCUCAGCGGUGGCUUUGACUUCGCCUUGCACCUGACGGACCUCGAAACAGGGACCCAGCUAUUUCGUGGUCAGAGUGACUUUAGAAUCACUGCCUUGAAAUUUCAUCCAAAAGACCACAACCUUUUUGUCUGUGGAGGCUUCAGUUCCGGAAUCAAAGCUUGGGACGUAAGGACUGGCAAGGUGGUGAGAGGCUACAAGGCAACUGUCCAGCAGACCCUAGACAUACUCUUCCUCCAGGAAGGCUCUGAGUUUCUGAGCAGCACAGAUGCAUCAAGCCGGGACUCCGCAGACCGCACCAUCAUUGCCUGGGACUUCCGCACCUCCGCCAAGAUCUCCAACCAGAUAUUCCACGAGAGGUACACCUGCCCCAGCCUUACCUUGCACCCACGGGAGCCUGUGUUCCUGGCGCAGACCAACGGCAACUACCUGGCCCUCUUCUCGGCCGUGUGGCCCUACCGGAUGAGCAGACGACGGCGCUAUGAGGGACACAAGGUGGAAGGCUACUCAGUGGGCUGUGAGUGCUCUCCCGACGGGGACCUGCUGGUGACGGGCAGCGCCGAUGGCCGGGUCCUGUUAUACAGCUUCCGCACGGCCAGCCGGGCACGCACGCUGCAGGGGCACACGCAGGCCUGCGUCGGCACCACCUUCCACCCUGUGCUGCCCUCCGUCCUCGCCACCUGCUCCUGGGAGGGGGACGUGAAGGUCUGGCACUGAGUCUCCCAUUGCAGGUGCUCCGAAUGCUCCCGGCCCAGCUCCCUGGAGGUGGGGCACUGAGGCUGGGAGAGCCUGGGCUUUGAAGCCAGACCUGGACAGAACUGCCUUCACCACUUUCUAGGCCUCAGUUUCCUCAUCUGUAAAAUGGGAACAAAAACCCAUUCGUCUCAGGGCUGAGGACUGAUUAGUGGGAGCAUCUGGCUGGUGCUGGAGAUGGUCAAUAAACACCCGUGCUGUGCUGUU